GUGGCUUCCGCCAAUGAGCACCUCGGCCUGCCACUCAAUUACUUCCGGAACAUCGUCCUCGUGUUUUGCGACAAACAGGCCUUUUUCGACACCAGCGAGAUGCCAUAGCCAUCAGCCAGGACGCUGCGAAAGAUGAACUAUGCAGGAGCUGAGCGAUGGAAGCCUGCCUUCAAGCUCACUUCCUUGUGGCAAAACAUAAGAUUUCUCCUUGCACCCGGAGGCACCCUGUACGUUAACAACAUCCCUGUACGUGAGACACGCCGUCUGCAUACACACACAUAAGGUGUCCUUGAUCAUCGGCAGCACCUUGUGUGUGUCUAUUGUAGGCCCUUCUCUUCCAAGGCCAUCCAUGUGACUGCAAAAGGCCUCAGAGCUGGCCUCCCAAGAAGACGAUGUGCGAGCACCACGAGAGGCUUGGAGUGGAAAUCUGCUGGAACAACGGUGCAAUGAGGGUGCUGUUCGACCCCUUCAUCGACCUUCUCGACGCAAUGGGACUGCGGCUCGUUGGCCCGUUCGCCUACGAUCGACUGCGGCUCGUUGGCCCGUUCGCCUACGAUCGAAUAGGUUUGAGAAGCCUCCAACAUAGAGACAUGCAAUAUCCCGCGCGUAUCUUGUUUGUUGCAGUCUUGCCUCCAUUCGUGCCUUCGGCCUCGUUGGUGCCCGCUAUGGGGGUUGCAUUUCGACCAGCGAGGCCGAAGUUGAUAAAGCCUUAGCGUAUCACCUGACUUGACCAGCCUAAGUUGAUUUCGACGGGGAGAUGAACGACGCGAUGCAUCAAGCGAUCGAACGGACGAAGUGAAAGACACUCACGAACUGACAAAGUAAAAGAGCCUCGCGCCAGUGCAGAAGGGUGUGGGCGAUCGAGAUUAACAAACCGAUUCCAUCGCCUUGGCAGCUAGGCAGGGCUCAGUCAGUGACCUGCAGCGGGGGCGAUUCAAUGGCAUUGUCGAUGAGCUCACACGAAUGGCGGACACGUAUGGACGAAUUGGACGAGAUGGAUGCAUACGCACGUCAGAGACCCGCGUGGAUCUGUAUGUAUCGAGAGACACAUGCACAGAGGACCGAUGCAUGAC